AUGAAACAAGGAGCGCUCGAGUACGAGACAAGGCCCUCUGGUGCUCGAUGCCGGAAAUGCGGCCAACGUAUCAACGAGUUUGAAGAUCAUGUGUGUUUGCCACAGAAGGAGCGACCACAGGCUCCAAAGAAGGUCAAGAAGCGAUACAUUGAAGAUGGUCGAGGACCCCCGAACGACUAUACACCAGGACGCACGCCAAAAAUGGGAGCAUCGCCACACAGUCGAGGCUACGCAGCCCCAUUAACACCACCAGAAGACCACUCGCUAGGAUACGACGACUCCCCACCUCCGUCAUAUAGCAGCGGUGGCAACGGCCUCAGUCGCUCGAAAUCGAAAUCAGACAGAUCUCGAGGUGCUGAUCGUGGCGAUCGUGAUCGUGCAGGUGAAGACCUGGAACGCUCACCAUCCGAAAAAUCAAACAAUUCCAAACAACGUGCCGAGCGUCACGAGGGACGCAGACGAAACAAGUCUCGUGAUCGUAUGAAUGAAAUGAUGAUGAAUAAUUAUGGAUAUCCUAAUGCUAGCGGAGGAUCAUACCCGUAUGGACCUGGUGUGUCGAGUGGAAGCGGUGGUGGAGAGAAUUAUAUGGAUUGGUAUGCGGCACAGGGAAAAGCGUAUGGUGGGAUGGGUAUGAUGGGCCCGGGAAACGGGAUAUCGGAUUGGGAUGAUGAUGGUAGUGGGAUGGCGUCUUCUAUGUUACGGUUUACGCCGGUUGAUGAACUCGUGCCGAUGGUCAAGAAUAUGGAUGCGGGGACGUCGGUUUGUGCGGGGUGUAAUGGACGUAUAUGGGAUCCGAAUGAGGCUUUUGAGAUUGAGUCCAUGCAGAAACUAUAUCAUGAGACGUGCUUCAAUUGUGUUAUUUGCCGUAAACCAUUCUCUGCUGACUGUCCAUAUAUUCCUCAUGAGGGAAAAGCAUACUGUGAGGCUGAUUAUGAAGCGCUCUUCCAAACUUGUGCUCAUUGUAACAUGCCGGUCCACGACAACCCUGUACACGCCCUCGGCAAAGUCUUUCACGAAAAGCACUUGAGAUGUGGAGAAUGUAACAAACAGAUCACUGGAUCAGUCUUCGAGCAUGAUGGACAGGUUUUGUGUCCCGAGGACUAUACUCGUCUUGUAUCUUCCACGUGCCGCAAAUGCGAUCGUAAAAUUGACGGAGAGACAGUAGUAGCCAUGAACAAUACCUUCCAUCGUGAAUGUUUUACAUGCAAUUCUUGUGGCAAAGGGUUUCCUGACAAGAGCUUUUAUGUAUUUGAAGAACUUCCAUACUGUAAAUUUCACUACCACGAGAUGAAUAAUUCGCUUUGUGGGUAUUGUCAUAAACCUAUUGAAGGUCCAUGCGCCGAAGUAUCCGAACUGUCAAAGCGCUUCCACCCGGAAUGCUGGGUCUGUAACAUAUGCUCGACUCCACUGACAUCUACAUACUAUUCAUACAACGGAGAAGCAUACUGUGAAAAGGACAUCAACCGAGUAUACAACCCAUCCAAAUCAUCCGGCAGUGGCAGCAACGGCUCACGAUCAGAACGUCCACCAGAACGUCGUGAACGUCAUAAAUCCCGUGAUCGAGAAAUGCCGACCCGUAAAGGAAGUAACCAUGAGCGAGACGCUGAUAUGCCUGUACGGAAGGGAAGCAAAAGCUCAUCGCAUCAUGACAGAGAUGCUGAUAUGCCAAUACGUAAAGGGUCGCAUCAUACCGAGAGAGACGGCAGUGAUGUGCCGUCGCGUAAAGGAUCCAACCAUGAACGACAUAUGGCUGAUGAUGUUGGACCGUCGAUGCCGAGGGAGCGUAGACCGUCUGAUCGUAGUGAUCGUGGUGAACGUGAGAGGGGAGAUAUGCGGGAACGUAAACCAAGUACUGGACAUCGUGACAUGGAUGAAAAGGCUAUGCGUGAUAAGCCGGAACGGAGACGAGAUGCUAGUGAACAUAGUAGUCGUAGUAAACAUCGAGAUGAUUCGGAGCAUGGAUCGGAGAGGUCGAGAUCUGAUGCUGGUGUCAAGAGGUCUGGUAGUCAUCGUAGACGGGGGCCACCGGAAGCUAUAAGGCGUCCUGUUGAGGUUGAUCGUUAA